AUUCCCGGCUGCUGGGGUGGGAGAGGGAACCGCCACCGCCCCCCACCGACGUCUGGAGGUCGCUCUUUGCGGAUGUGGAGGCGGCGAUCUGCUUCUCUUUUGCUAGAGCGCUGGAUUUUUCUUUUUGCUGGCGCGCAUGAAACAAGAGAUUUUCUCAAGUUACAAAAAUUAAAUGGCACCCUAAUCACACAGAGCUAAAACCUCUGAAGAUAAAUGGCACAGUAUUUGCCACAACUCUUCUAGAGAAGAUGGCCCAUUAGAGUUUUCAAGGAAGGGCAUAGAUCUCAAGAUGGCAGCCCAGAGGAUUCGUGCUGCUAAUGCCAGCGGCCUCCCACGAUGCAAGUCUGAGGGGACACUAAUUGAUCUGAGUGAAGAAUAUCCAGAAACCAGCUUCAGUUCUGUCAAAGGCAAAAUGCAUACAUUGCACAUGAAGAGAAGAGCCGAAGAACCAGUGCCUUCUCCUAGUGCCUUGAUGGUAGACAAUCCUACAUCAUUUGGAAACGCAAAGGAAGUUGUAGCAAUCAAAGACUACUGCCCAAAUAACUUUACCACUUUGAAGUUUUCCAAGGGUGACCACCUUUAUGUCUUAGAUACCUCAGGAGGUGAGUGGUGGUAUGCUCACAAUACCACUGAGAUGGGUUACAUCCCAUCCUCCUAUGUCCAGCCUGUAAACUACCGGAAUUCUUCAUUAACUGAUAGUGGAAUGAUAGACAACCUACUUGAAAGUUCUGACGAGGGAGCAAAAGAGUUUGAUCUGCUUGGAGAGUGGAUGGAUGUAAAGUGGAACUUCGCCAAAAACAACCCCUUUUUAAAUAACAACCAGACGAACCCUUUUUUGAAUGGGAAUUUGCAGAUGAUGCCUGACAGGGACAAGGAGUGUUCCCACCAAACUACAGUAGAUCUGUUGCUUUUUGACACAGGGGUGCCUGCAUUUACAGGAUCCAGUUCUGCAACAAAUAGCAGUGUAGGCAACCGUCUUGAUGAGGUUCCAUCAAUUAAUGGAUUUGACUAUGAGCAGCCAAGCAGACGGGACAAUCCCUUUUUCAGAAGCAAGCGCUCAUACAGUUUGUCGGAGCUCUCAGUACUUCAGGCAAAGUCAGAAACUCCAGGAUCAUCGGGUUUUUUCACUGGGCUGAAAUCGCCUACCCCUGAGCAAUUCCAAAGCAGGGAAGACUUCAGAGCUGCGUGGCUGAACCAUCGGAAACUGGCAAGAUCUUGUCAUGACUUGGAUCUGCUAGGCCAGAACCCUGGUUGGGGCCAGACACAACCUGUGGAGACCAACAUAGUUUGCAAGCUGGAUAGUUCUGGGGGAGCUGUUCAGCUUCCGGAUACAAAUAUUAAUAUUCAUAUUCCAGAAGGACAUGUAGCUGUUGGAGAUACUCAGCAGAUCUCAAUGAAAGCCCUGUUGGACCCACCUCUGGAACUCAACAGUGACAAAUGCAGUACCAUAUGUCCUGUGCUGGAAAUUAAGCUGAGCAAUAUGGAAGUCAGAACUUCCAUCAUACUGGAGAUGAAAGUUUCAGCAGAAGUUAAGAAUGACAUAGUGAGUAAGAGUUUAGUAGGAGUGCAGUGCUUACGAAGUGACACAAAAGAAGGCCCGUAUGCACCAAUGCCACUAAGUUAUUGCUAUGGAGAUGUAAUACAGGCUCAGCUAGAGAACCUGGAGCCUUGUAUGUAUAUAGCAGCGGUAGCCCAAGGACAGAACAUUCCAUAUCCUUACACUGUUUGGGAUUACAUCAGCAAAAAAAUCACAGUAGGUGUCUAUGGUCCAAAGCACAUACACCCUUCUUUUAAAACGGUGGUUGCCAUCUUUGGACAUGAUUGUGCCCCAAAGACACUUUUAGUGAAUGAAGUUACACGUCAGAUACACUGCACAGCUCCUGUGGCACUACAGUUGUGGGGUAAACAUCAAUUUGCCUUAGCAAGGUCGCAAGAUCUAAAGGUUUGUAUGUUUUCAAACAUGAUUAAUUAUGAGGUAAGAACCAGCGAGCAGGCCAAAAUAGUGAGAGGCUUCCAAAUGAAGCUGGGAAAGGUCAGCCGCCUCAUCUUCCCCAUCAUGUCACAUGACCCUAAUGAGCUGUCUGACUUUACGUUAAGAAUACAAGUCAAGGACGACAAGGAUGCUAUCCUGACUCAAUUCUGUGUUCAGACACCACAGCCACCUCCAAAAAGUGCCAUCAGAUCCACUGGUCAACGAAGGUUCUUGAAGAAAAAUGAGGUUGGAAAAAUAAUCUUAUCCCCUCUUGCAACCAUCAGCAAAUACCCAGUCUUCCAGGAUCGGCCAGUGGAAAGUUUAAAAUAUGGCAAACUGCUGAAAACAGUGGUGCGGCAAAAUAAGAACCAUUAUCUCUUGGAAUAUAAGAAAGGGGAUGUAAUCGCUUUACUAAGUGAGGAGAAGAUCAAGUUGAAAGGUCAGCUCUGGACAAAGGAAUGGUACAUUGGUUACUAUCAGGGUAAAAUUGGCCUCGUCCACACCAAAAACGUUCUAGUUGUUGGGAAAAUAAAGCCAAAUUGUUUAUCUGGGCCUGAGCUUACUACUAAUAUGUUGCUUGAGCAAAUCCUCAGGCCUUGUAAGUUUCUCACCUAUAUCUAUGCUUCAGUAAGGACUUUACUAAUGGAAAACAUCAACAGCUGGCGUGCAUUUGCGGAUGCUUUGGGAUAUGGCAAUUUGCCACUUGCUUUUUUCUGUCGAGCAGAGCUGGACAGUGAGCCUGAAUGUGUUGCUUCUGUGCUGGAGAAAUUGAAAGAAGACUGUAAUAAUUCAGACAAUAAGGAUAGGAAGUCUUUCCAGAAGGAACUGAUGUCAGCCUUACUAAAAAUGGACUGCCAGGGCUUGGUUGUCAGGCUAAUUCAGGACUUUGUGCUUCUGACUACUGCUGUAGAAGUGGCCCAGCGAUGGAGAGAGCUUGCUGAGAAACUGGCCAAGGUGUCCAAGCAACAGAUGGAUGCCUACGAAGCCCCCCAUCGGGACAAGAAUGGAGCUGUGGACAGUGAGGCAAUGUGGAAACCAGCAUAUGACUUUAUGCUAACAUGGAGCAAUCAGAUGGGAGACAGUUAUCGUGAUGUUACUCAAGAGCUUCACAUUGGUCUUGAUAAGAUGAAGAAUCCUAUUACAAAACGCUGGAAGCAUCUUACAGGAACCCUCAUCUUAGUAAAUUCUCUGGAUAUAUUACGGGCAGCUGCAUUUAGCCCUCAAGAACAUGAUGAUUAUGCCAUCUGAUGUGGAUUUGCAUCCUUAUCAAACCUGGCUACUGUUUCAUUUUACUUUUUUAACUAAUGGGGAGAGAUGGGGAGAAUGAACAUUGUUGAAAAGCCAAAGUUUGGGGCAGUGGUUCCUGGGGUCAGAGUGCAAACUUCUUAUGCUUGCCGCCCCACCCCCUCUUUUCCAGAAGACAGCCAACAUGAUGAUUUUCAGUGUUAUGUGGUUGACAGCUUUUCUUAAUUUGUAAUACUUAAAAUGGAACUUUUUUUAGGCGUUUGAAAUGAUCAGAUUUCAAAGCUGAAAUCACUUUUGGGGAGGACUUCCCAUUCUUAUGUAAUUAAAACAUUUUUGUCCCUUUUAAAAAUUAUCACUUUGGAUGGUGAGUCAUUGAUGAUGUAUUAAAAUGAAGCACAGCCUGAUGUCUUCUUGCAAGCAUUUGAAUUUUUAAUGUGUGAUUCCGAGAACUGUUUAUAAAUAAUUGUAUUAACACUACCACUUUCUGUGAUAGAACAGUUCUUCAUGAUUUGCUGUUAUGUACACCUUUUUGUAAGGAAGAAAAUGCACAAUUAGUUGACUUUUGUAACCCAAAAUUUAGCACUGUGUGUUAGUGUCCAGUUUCAUUACUUAUCAUAAUCAAAAAGGACCAGAAAUACUUUCAGGUUAUGGAACUGCCCCUUUUCAGUUCCAUUUCCCUUUCUAUAAGGGAAAUUCUACUAGGGACGAUUUCACUUCAUCCUGUAACAGGAGUUUCUUGGCCAUCUCUGCUGGCAUAUGGCCCUCUUAGUAUGUUUAAAAAUCAGGAAGAUAAGUUGCUAUUGAUUGUGCCAUCAUUAAGCUGAACUUUUAGGCUUCAUUUUCAUACACCUUUCGAAUAUAGGUGAGGCUCACAUGACGAAAUAAAUGCUUCCUUGUUUAAAAUAUAUAUAUUUAAAACUGGCAUUUCAUGGGGGAAAUUGCAUUUCAUGGGAAAGGCUAGACAACCUGUCUCCCUGAUACGUAGAGGGGGGUUUUGGGAUGGAAGAGCAUUCCAUCAUGCGAGCCCCCACCUGCAGUCUGAAGUGUUUUCAGCCAAGAAACCUUAAUGAGAAUUGAUCAGGAGCCUGGCUGGUCAAUCAGAAAUGCCUGCCUUGACAACACUCGAUUGUGAUCUUGUUCUGGAAGUUCAUAACCCAUGUAUAUUACUGAGGUCAUUGGUAUUCACCACAUGUGCUUCGUGAUUAAUAAUGCUGUCCUUGGCCAUAUAAAUGGCAGCCAAGAACUGAAAUUGUCUCACCUCUGUGGCUUCAUGUACCAUAUACAAAAAUCAGAAAAUUCUAGUUUUGCUUUAGAACAAUAUCAUUUCAGUCUACCUCUCAACUUCAAAAUAUUUCAUGUGGGAAAAGUUUUGUGUUUUGUUUUUUGUGUUUGAGGUAUAUGUGUGUGUGUUUUGCACAAGAUAUCUUUUUUCAUACUAAAAGACAUUUAUUGACUUUCUCAAAUAAUGAGGUGCUGUUAAAAUAUUUUGUUAAUAUUUCCCCCUACUAAAAUAACGUAGACAGCUAUAAAACCUGCUUCUUGCAAUGUAGUUGCUAUAAAUGUAACUUUUAAAACCAGUUUUCUCAUAUUAGGAAAACCAUGUUACAGCUUUGUCCUUUGAAACAAGCUGACCUUUUAAGCAACUUGCUUUAUGUGACACGACUUUCCUAUUGGCAGAGUUGGGACAAGAGGUAGGGGAUUAAGGCCAAAAGCCUUUCAACCUACAGUAUCACAUGGAUAUUUGGCAAUCUGUGGUGCAGGGGAGGGAGGGAUCACCUGAACCAUUACAAAAGGUGGACAGACAUAGCUACAUUGUGAAUAAUGUUACCUUUAUUGGCUGUGCCAAAACAAUUGUUCUCUGGGCAGCUCACAAACAAUGAACUAAAACAUACAAUUUUAAAAAAUUAAAAACAAAAAGCUACAAUAAAAUAAUAAAAUCCAAAAACAUUUUUAAAAGCCAGAAGAACUAGAAAGAAUUCAUCUGGUGUCUAAUAGAAUAUAGUGAUGGUGCCAGGAGAGCCUCGUUGAGGAGGGUAUUCCAUAAAGGCAUGUGAUUGCCAAAAAGGCCUUCUCCCUGGUAGUCACCUGCCUCACCACAUCUGGCAGGAACACUUGGAGCAGGACCGCCAAAGAUCCUAAGGUCCAGGUAGGAACAUAUGGGACAAGGCACUCUUUCAGGUGACCUGUCCCAAGCUGGUUAGGGCUUUAAAGGUUAAAACCAGUGUGGAAAUUGGUUUUGAGAGUUAAAAUUGGGUGCUUCAUAUUUUUGUUAGGUGUGUAAUUUUAAAACCUUGCCUAGGGUGCACAAAUACCUUGUCUCAACUCUGCCUAUCAGUAAUUCCAUGAAAGCAGAAUCUAGCUUAGGGCAGCACAACUUUGGCGCUCUGGCUGCUGUUGGACUACAGCUCCCAUCACUCUGGCUGGAGAUGGUAGGAGUUGCAAACCAAGAACAGCUGGAGGGCUGAAAUUGUGCAUCCCUGAUCUAGCUUAUUGGAAAACUACUCCUGUUGUCUGCAUAAAAGUUUAAUAGAGUAUCCACAAUUAUUUUCCUUUUUUAACCAGCUCCUUUAUAAAUGGUCUCCCUGCCCACUUUUUCUGCUCUGUCCAGUGAAAAGCACCUUAAACUUCAGACUUUGUCACAAGAAAUUGAAGCAAAUUUCUAUGCAAGUUUUCAUGGCACACAUUUGCAAUUGGUCAGGCUAGCAGUGUUUUUCUAACAUACUCGUGGCACAAACUUUCCAAAGCAUGUAUAUUGUCGUCCUUCACACCAAAUCAGAAUUUACAUGUUUAAGGUUUGGGAGAAUCAACCCAAGAUGUGUUUGGGAGUUUUGAGAAUCAUUUUGAUUGGGGCCUCUUCCUCUCUCUGACAUUUUGCAGAACUUGGAAUGGUCAGUUCAUAAACUUGAUAUAAUGUGUUCUACAUGGUAGUCUGGGUCACCCACAGACCUGUGAACUGAUAGUCAUGCCCAUGAGUAUUCAUGUUCUCAGUGUGUUCUGUGGACAAACUUGGAGCUGACUAUCAUAUAACUAAACUACAGAGGCCUAAACAAACUGGCAACCUCCUCCAGCGGCAUUUGAAUCUAUGCCAGCAGUGCUCCCCCUCCUAGCAGCUGUGGAAUUUGUUGCAGUGAUCCUGGUCACCAUGAAUUCAGUCACUGAAUCAAGUUGUAGCUCCAGUGUGUAAACAAGGAGUGAUAUUGAUUUUUUAAAAAAGCAGUGAGAUGUUAAUCAAUUUUAUAUGUAGAAAUUUAGAAUUGUUGGGUAGAGUGUGUCACCUCCUGCAAUUCCACUAGCAAAUCCACAAUAGAUUUAGUUUGUCCUUUGCUUCUGCUAUUUUUGUCCAACUACCUCAGGUCUUGCACACCUUUUCAUGUUCUUACUUACAGCCUGAAGACUCUUCUAGAAGAUUCUUCUCCCUCCCCUGCCCUGGCCACAGAGAACCGUUGAAUCACAUCAGCAGCUUUUCUAGAUUAGUUGAUGCAACUGCUGCAUGGUCCUCCUUGUUUUUGUCUAAAAAGCCAGCUCCUAGCACACAGUUGGAGUGGUAUGUAUAUUCAGCCAAAUGCCUUUCACUCAAAGUAUGCCCUUACAAGGUAAUCUUGCUUUGGAUUUUACAUUAAUAUGCUGUACAAGUAGUUUAUUGUACAUUUUCUUUAAAAAAUGUUAAAACAAUACAAUUAAAACAGAUAUUUGAACGUU